AGUUUACUGUAAGCCGACUUAACAAAGUAUAUUAAAACAAGACAGUUCAGUACGUAAUAAUAGUCAUAAUUCGGAUGAAAUGCCAUGGAUUGGUGCUGUAGUUUUACCAUAUCGUCAUGGCACAACUGAAGAACUCCAAAGGAUCUUAAGACAACACAGAAUUAAUGUACAUUACAAAACAACGAACACACUUCGAAAUACUUUAGUUCGAUUAAAAGAAAAAAUACCAUUCAUGCCUACACAGAACUGCGUCUACAAAUUAGGUUGUGUCGAUUGUGAUGCCUUCUAUAAUGGAGAGUCAUCUCGCGAAAUCUUGACUCGCGCCAAAGAACAUAUUAGGUACACAAAGAAACCUCCUAAUAAUAAUAAUAGCAUUUCACGCAAUUUUCAGCAAUCAUCAAACUGAUUUCAAAAACAAAAUACUACAGAAAGGUUUUUCCAAUUACAAAGAAAGAAGAGUAGCUGAAGCUUUCCAUAUAAUGCUUUAUCCCACAGCUCACAAUAGAAAGGAAGGCCUUAUCAUACAGCCUACUUGGACUAUCUAUCCUAAUCACCUAGUCUGAUAUUAUUUACAAUUUCACACCAUUACAUUACAAAUAAAACUCUAUCCUUUGUCAUUAUAAAGGUCACACAUUUUCAUCAUUAACAAUGCAUACAUACACACAAAAUUACA